UUUAUUCAUUAGGGACAAGGAACCGGAGUCCUACCUCUUCCCUGCGCCUUGAAGGCUACUUAUCGAAAAUUAAAGAAAACUAUGAGAAAGCGUAAUUUUCAGGUCCUCCUGUGAUCUCCGUUCGUCCCUGUUCUCGGAGGACCUGGACUCUAUGGUCAGUGAGGAAGAGGGGCCUCGAUUCUGUUGGCGCUUGCGCGCUGCGAGGUGGUGCCGCAUGCGCGGUGGGACUGAGCGAGGCGCACGCUGAAGAGGAUCGGCAGCGGCUGCCUAGGCGGAGCGAGUCUGAUCUCUGCACUUACGGAGCGCGGCCCCGGAGCCCACAAUAGGAUUCACACGUAUAUCUCAGAAUGCCGGGUCUGAGUUGUAGAUUUUAUCAACACAAAUUUCCUGAAGUGGAAGAUGUAGUGAUGGUGAAUGUAAGGUCCAUUGCCGAAAUGGGGGCUUACGUCAGCCUGCUGGAAUAUAACAAUAUUGAAGGCAUGAUUCUUCUUAGUGAGUUGUCCAGAAGGCGUAUUCGUUCUAUAAACAAACUCAUCCGAAUUGGCAGGAAUGAAUGUGUGGUUGUCAUUAGGGUGGACAAAGAAAAAGGUUACAUUGAUUUGUCAAAAAGAAGAGUUUCUCCAGAAGAAGCAAUCAAAUGUGAAGAUAAAUUCACCAAAUCUAAAACUGUUUACAGCAUUCUUCGUCACGUUGCUGAGGUGUUAGAGUACACCAAGGAUGAGCAACUGGAAAGCCUGUUCCAGAGGACUGCUUGGGUCUUUGAUGACAAGUACAAGAGACCCGGAUAUGGGGCCUAUGAUGCAUUUAAGCAUGCAGUCUCAGACCCAUCUAUUUUGGAUAGUUUAGAUUUGAAUGAAGAUGAACGGGAAGUACUCAUUAACAAUAUUAAUAGGCGUUUGACCCCACAGGCUGUCAAAAUUCGAGCAGAUAUCGAAGUGGCUUGUUAUGGUUAUGAAGGCAUCGAUGCCGUAAAAGAAGCCCUGCGAGCAGGUUUGAAUUGUUCUACAGAAACCAUGCCCAUCAAGAUUAAUCUCAUAGCUCCUCCUCGGUAUGUAAUGACUACAACUACCCUGGAGAGGACAGAAGGCCUCUCUGUCCUCAAUCAGGCUAUGGCUGUUAUAAAAGAAAAGAUUGAGGAAAAGAGGGGUGUCUUCAAUGUUCAAAUGGAGCCCAAAGUGGUCACAGAUACAGAUGAAACCGAACUUGCAAGGCAGCUGGAAAGGCUUGAGAGAGAAAAUGCAGAAGUGGAUGGAGAUGAUGAUGCAGAAGAAAUGGAAGCCAAAGCUGAAGAUUAACUUUUGGGAAACAAAGUCCAAUUUAAGGAACACAAAACAGCCCUUCCUGGCUAUAAACCCUAGACUUAAAAGUUUUCCAGUAUUGAAAACUUCACAGCUGAAUAUUUUUUAUUUCCAAGUAUUUAAAUGUUCUAACAGACCAAAACGUGAAAUGUCCUAAAAUGCCAGCUGUUUUCACACAGUAACUCCAUCACAUUGAGCAUUUUUUAAGGGAGUGGCCCAAUUUCACUAGAGCCAGAUCUCUAAACUAAGAACAGUCAAAAUUGGGCUUUCCAUUUCUGAUGUCCCUAGAUUGACACCUGUUUGUAGUUCAGUGCCUCUGUGUAAUUUAUCAGGGGUACCCAAAGCAAAUGGUCCCAACCUUUCUAUAUAAAUGUAUCAAGCAAACAUUAAAUAAAUUUCUGGGAUAUUUAACUAUAGGCUUCUUCCUUCUUGUCACCAGUUAAAACCAUUAUGAUUACUAAGACCCUAAUUCUAUUCAUUUUAGUCUAGCUGUAGAAAUAUAAGGGCAGGUGUUCAAAGGAUCUAUACAACAAGGAGGGCUUAGAGAAAAUAAUUUGAACCACAGUGAAAGUUAAUUCUUAAGGGGGAAAGCCUUAAAAUGCAAUUAAAGGAUUACAUUGGU